AAUAUUGCAUGUUUUGUUUUGAAUCGUUUUAAUGCUAUCGCGAUUGAUAAUACCUAUUGCCCUUGUUUUGCUUUAAGUAAUCGGAACUUCAGGAUGUGCAGUUUCAUUUGAUUCGUAACAACACUAGUGCGCGGCCGUUGUUACUUUAUUUUUUAAAUAUAAAUUUAGGGUAGUGGUUGAAAUUGUUGCUAUGAAAUUAUUGUUAUUUUUAUUAGCCCUGGGCGUCGCUCGGGCGUAUGAUUGUCCGUACUGCCAGCCCGAACAAGUUCACAUCGCAUUUGGAGAGAAACCCAACGACAUCGUGCUGACAUGGACCACGUUCAACGACACCCAGGGCUCGUACGCGACCUUCGGGAAGGGACAGCUGCAGGCCCAGGUGUCCGGGUACAGCACUCUCUUCCGAGACGGCGGCAAGCAGCGCCGCGAGCUGUACAUACACCGCGUCACGCUGCCCGGCCUCGACUAUGACACCACAUACGACGACACACACGGAGUGAGUCAGCUGCAGGCCCAGGUGUCCGGGUACAGCACUCUCUUCCGAGACGGCGGCAAACAGCGCCGCGAGCUGUACAUACACCGCGUCACGCUGCCCGGCCUCGACUAUGACACCAUACGGUACGACACACACGGAGUGAGUCAGCUGCAGGCCCAGGUGUCCGGGUACAGCACUCUCUUCCGAGACGGCGGCAAACAGCGCCGCGAGCUGUACAUACACCGCGUCACGCUGCCCGGCCUCGACUAUGACACCACAUACGUAUACAACGUGGGCUCCGACUUCGGCAUGUCGGAGCGGUUCUCCUUCCACGUGCCGCCCAAAGGCAACGACAUCAAAGUGCGCGCCGCCAUAUACGGCGACAUGGGCAACAAGAAUGCACACUCCCUCUCGUACCUGCAAGAAGAGGCGGAGCGCGGGAGCUUCGACCUGAUCCUGCACGUGGGCGACUUCGCCUACGACAUGCACGACGACGACGCCCGGGUCGGCGACCAGUUCAUGCGCCAGCUCCAGCCCGUCGCCAGUCUGCUGCCCUACAUGACGUGCGUCGGCAACCACGAGGCCGCCUAUAACUUCAGCAACUACCGCGCCCGUUUCUCCAUGCCGGGCGGCACGGAGAGCAUGUUCUACAGCUUCGACCUCGGGCCCGUGCACUUCGUGUCCAUCUCCACCGAGUACUACUACUUCCUGCAGUGGGGCGCACGCAUGCUGUUCGAGCAGUUCACCUGGCUCCAGCAAGACUUGGCCAAGGCUAAUGAACCUAACAACAGAGCCGAGCGUCCGUGGAUCGUGCUGAUGGGCCACCGGCCGAUGUACUGCAGCAACUCCGACGACAUCGACUGCAGCUUCGAGUACACCCGCCGAGGGAUCCCCUUCAUCGGCCUGAGCCUGGAACCGCUGCUGAAGCAGUACGGCGUGGACGUGGCGGUCUGGGCGCACGAACACUCGUACGAGCGCUCGUGGCCGCUCUACGACGGCAAGGUCUACAACGGGUCACUCGAGCACCCCUACACCAAUCCUGGGGCGCCCGUGCACCUGGUGUCGGGCUCCGCGGGCUGCCAGGAGGGCCGCGACCGCUUCCAUCAUAACCCGUACUCGUGGUCGGCGUUCCAGUCGCAGGACUACGGCUACACGCGCUUCGCGGCGCACAACCGGACGCACCUCUACAUGGAGCAGGUGUCCGCGGAUCUCAAAGGCCAGGUGAUCGACUCCUUCUGGCUCGUCAAGACCAAGCUCUCCUUCAACAUGCCUUCAAUUCUAUGA